ACACACACACACACAUUCACACACACACACACACUCCUACAUCCAAAAUACUGACACAUCACACCAUUAAAAAGCCAAAAAACAACAUCUCUUUAAGCACACUUUUUAAAAUCUGAAAAUCUACUAAACCUCCCGUGACGCCAGUCUAUGACGUAGUGCAUACCUCUAAUGUAUGUCUGAAGUCAGGUUACGUUUUUCGUGGAUUUACCACAUCUUUGCCCAAUCAGAGAGUGAGGUGAAAUUGUUCCUUUUGAUUCUGAAGGGAAAAAAACUACUGAAAAUGUGAGCAGAACAAAAGGACAAUAAUUUACAGAACGCAUCCACCUCAUUUGGAUACAUAUCCAAAUUCUAGCUAGCCCACAGUUAUUUAAUAAUGAGAAUCCACAGUAUUUUCCGCCUGUUCAAAAAGCUACUUUUCCUGUUUAUAGUCGUGGCUGUAUUGUACGCGCUCAACAAAGGCCUGAGUGACUACGUGUUUGAGGACGACCUUCUCAAAGAGAAGCUACAGGCCGUGAAACAAGGCUCUGUGGACAAACUCCCAGUGCCACCAUCUCAAAAUGGCGACGAGUCACGCGUAUUCCAGGAGCCAAAAGAUCCUGACAGCAAUAAUGCUCCUGAAGAGAAAGAAGUAAAAGGGGAGGAGAAGGCUCCUAAAGAGGAGGCCAUAAACAGAGAAGACAGAAAGAAGGAGGUUCCAAAAAAGGGGAGAAUAAAGGGAUGGGAUACAAAGAAAGAAGCUCUGAUAAAAGAGGAGAUGGAGAAAGAAGACGAAAACGAAGAUGACAAUGAGGAGGAAGACAAAAACGAGGAAGAUGUAAACGAUGAAGACAAAAACGAAGACGAUGUUUUUCAAGGACUGGAACCUUUCCCUGAGGACGAUGCUUUUCCCCAACAGUUGGACAAGCUGGAGGAACUUGGAGGCUUCAUCGCAAAGAAACUACCUUUAGAGAAAUACGUAGAUGUGGAGUUUCCCAUCUUUGAAGAUGACGUCGAUCCUGACGGUCCAGGAGAAGGCGGCGCCGGGGCAAAAAUGGAAAAGUCGCGAAGCAUGGAUGCUGAGCAGCGCGAAAAGUUUGACCGUGGCUGGCAGGCCAACUCCUUCAACGAGCUGAACAGCGAGAGAAUCUCUGUACACAGGAGUCUACCAGACUGCAAGAGUAGAGAGUGUAAGCAGGUAGAAGAGGACUUCCCUGAAGACUUCCCAUCGGUCAGUGUGAUCAUCAUCUUCCACGACGAGGCCUGGUCAGUGUUACUGCGCUCUGUGCACAGCAUCUUGAGCCGGACGCCAGAACACUUACUGCGGGAGAUUAUCUUGGUGGACGACUUCUCCAGAAACAAUCUGAAGAUGACUUUUCCAGAAAAAGUGAGUCUCCAUAAAACUUUCGCUUCUCAAGGUAAAAUAUACUUUGGCAGCUAG